GGAAAAGAUAACAUCCGGUUCAAUCAUAUUGAUACUGAACAAAAACUACAGUCUCAGUUUUUGACAUUCUUUUAGUUUUAGUACAACAAAGGGAAUUUUAUGACAUCAUGGUCAUAUGUCAGUCAAACCCGGUUAUUCGUUUGUCGAGGUUGGAAUAUGACACAGAACACGACGGCUGUUAUUGCUGUUGUUGCUUCAGUAUCGGCAGUUGUUGCCAUUUCAGGUGUCGUAUUGGGACUAAUAUUCAGGCCUAAGAAGCCGAAAAAAACUCUUGUGGAUAAUGAUACGAAAACUCCUUUACGAGUAGUGGAUAGAAGUUUCAUCACUCAUGAUACAAUUCGCCUAAAACUAGGUCUCCCCACAGCUGACCAUGUACUUGGAUUACCUGUUGGUAAUCAUGUAUACUUCAGUGCAAAAAUUGAUGGAAACAUGGUGGUUCGACCCUACACUCCGAUCACACUAGACACCCAAAAAGGAUAUGUUGACUUUGUCAUAAAAGUGUAUAAAGGAAGCGUUAAUCCUAAAUUUCCCAAAGGUGGAGUUAUGUCUCAAUAUUUGGCUAAUCUCCCUAUCGACGGAUUUAUUGAUGUUCGUGGUCCAUCUGGAAAACUGGAAUACAAAGGGUGUGGUUUGUUCCAUAUAAAGCCGGAUCUACGUAGUUCACCUAAUCCUGUAAAAGUGAAACAUGUCAAUAUGAUUUGUGGUGGGUCUGGUAUAACACCAAUGUUCCAGCUAUUAUCUUACAUACUUCAGUCUAAAGAUGAUACAACACAAAUAGCAAUGGUCUUUGCCAAUGUGACUGAAAAAGAUAUUAUACUACGUGAUGAACUAGAAAAUUUCAAAGAUAAAUAUCCAAAUCAUUUUCGUCUUUGGUAUACAUUGAGUGAAGCACCAGAACGUUGGUCAUACAGUACUGGUUAUGUGAAUGAACAAAUGUUACAAGAGCAUAUUUAUCCAGUGAAAGAUAAUGAUACAAUCACAUUAAUUUGUGGUCCACCACCAUUUAUUGAAUUUGCUUGUCUUCCAUCACUUACUAAAUUAGAUUAUCCAAAAAAUAUGAUUCAUGUCUUUUAAGUAUUGGUUUGUUUAUUGUUAAUCUAUUUAAUUGGUUUUGUUGGUUCCAAUUUAUUUGUCACUUUUCAUUAGUUGUCAUGAUAACAUUAACCGAUUAUAUUGGGUUUUAUUUUGCAUGGACAAGAUACUACUAUUAUCAUUUAUUUUCUUUAUCUAAUAAUAUCGACUGUCAAAUGUUUUAAAUAAAUAUUUUAUCCUUAA